GGUUGGGCCCCAUCGCCUGACGCUGCAAAUCUUGCCCACUUUUGUUGUAUAGUCCCUCUCUCACCCCCCUUUCCUUCCCCGUCUCCCUCACAGCUCCCAGGCCCCACCAUGAAUCCGCAGGCAGUUUGGAGAUACAUUUGCCUGCUUUGCUUUUCCUUCGUGAGCACAGCGAAAGGGGAUUUGCAGCUGCUUUCUUUUCAGCCCAGGACUCUGUAUCAGUACCACUAUUCCCUGGACAUCCAGCUGGACCACACAUCCACACCGACCCCGCGGGGAGCCUGGCUGCAGGCUGAGGCAUUGGUCCAGCUGCACCAGCUCUGGAGGGGCCAAGGUGGGGAAGAGCUGCUCCAGAUGCAGAUCCGCAACCUGAAAGCCCAACACAAGCCAGAAGAGGAAAGGAGCCAGGACGGCACUGGAGGUUCCCCUGCAGAGAUUGCACUGAGCCAGGAGGUGCAGGCAGAGCUCCAGCAGCCGGUAUUCAUCUCCUGGAGCAGCGGGAAGGUCAAAGCCUUCUACGUGGACAAAGCAGAAAGCAUCCUGGUCUCGAACCUGAAGCGAGGCAUCGCCAGUCUGCUCCAGCUCCAGCCCCACACCAGCACCACAGUGGAGGAGGAUGUCUCUGGGAGCUGCCGAGUCACGUACACCGUGUCCAACCAUUCCAUCACGAAGACGAAAGAUCUCCUCAGCUGCACAAAGCUGAAAUCUGGAUUCCCCUCCGUAAACAAAACUUUUGGAGUCAAGUGGCAGCCCACCAGCAAAAGCCAGUACAUAGUGAAAGACAACCUCCUCCAGUUGGUGCUGGCAGAGGAAAGCCACGUGGUGUCUCCAGCCCUGAGGUCCACCACCGGCAUCAAAAUCAGUUCAAGGCAGCAGCUCCAGCUAGUGUCUCCUCCGACGCCCGGCGUGGCAGAGGUGGCCGGACGAAGCCUCGAGGAUGUGCUGGCUGGCACAGAGGGACAACACCAGCCCCUGGGCAUGGCCAGCCUGCCUUUCAGGAGGGGCUGCACCCACUGCCCAUCGCUGAAAGCCUACCUGAAGGCUUUUGACAGCCAGAGACUCAAAAUGGACACCUCGAAGGCAGCAACCGUGUGGCAGUUCCAGAGGUUCAUCCAGAUGCUGCGCAGCGCCAAGAAGAAAGAUGUUCUGCAGCUGCUGAGGAGGGCACCCGAGGAGAUGCUCCCCUUCGUCGUGGAGGCAGCGGUGGCCGCACAGUCGGUGGCAUCCUUGGCAGCUCUCUCGGACUUCCUGGAUUUUGGCAAAGAGCCCAAGUCCCUGCUAGAGACGUUUCUCUAUGCGGCAGCUUUCUCCCCUCGGCCUUCAGGAAAGCUUCUCCACCUGGUGUUAGACAAGCUGGAUGGGAAGCAGCUGGCUCCCGAUGUCCAGGAGACUGGGAUAGUUGCCAUGGGCUCUCUGGUCGGCAAGCUGUGCCAGCAGAAGCUGUGUGAGCUACAGGAGGUGGAGCGUGGGGUGGAAAGCAUCCUCAAGGGGCUAAGAGGUGCCAAGGAAGAGUCUGAGGCGGUCAUUUAUCUGCUAGCCCUGGGGAAUGCAGCACUCCCUGAAACCAUCCCCACCCUCCUGGACCAUGCAGAGGAAGGUCCCGCCACCAUCACCACUGCAGCCAUCUCUGCCCUGCAGCGAUUCCCCAGUCGGCACAUCUCCAGCAAGGUGAAACGAGCAAUGAGGAGGAUUUUCCAUGAGAAGAGGAAAAGCUAUGAAAAAACAUGUCGCCUGGCUGCUGCAGAAAUCCUCCUAGAUAACGAGCCCUUGCCCAUGGAUGUCAUCAACAUCCUGCUGGCUGCCAAUGAGCUGGAGACAGAGACAGCGACAUUUCUGCUGCUGAAGGUCCAGGGCAGCCUGCGUGCUGACCACCACCCAGCAAGGAAGAUAAUGAAAGACAUCAUGAGAGACCCACGGAUAAAUAAUUACAACUUCUUCUCAAAAGCUGGCAUCUCCUCUUCUUUCUCAGGACCUCUGACAGUCACCCAGGACCUGCUUUCCACCUUUGGGCUGGACCUGCUGUUUUUGGAGGGUGGAUUCCUGAGGAAGAGCGUCUCUGACUUCUCGCUGCUCAGCCAUGGCCAGCGGCUUCGUGCUGCUCAGGUCACUAUUGAAGCACAAGGAAUGGAGUCGAUGCUGGGAGAAAGUGUUUUGGAAGGGGAAGAGGAGCCAGAGCUCAUGGCCGGGAUGUCUGCCAUCUUCUUUGAUGUUCAGUUGCGGCCGAUAGUCUUCUUCCAGGGAUAUACAGACUUAAUGGCCAAGGUCCUGCUAAGCAAUGGAGAACCCACAAGUGUGGUCAAAGGGAACCUCCUGCUGAUGGACCACCACCAGGUCAUUCCUCUACAGUCUGGUCUCCAAGUAGCCAUCAAACUCCAGGGCGGGCUGGGGCUUGACAUCUCAGCCGACAUGGAUGUGAGCAUUUGGGAGCAGGAACUGAAAACCAGCAUCAACACAAGGGGAAGCCUCGCCGUUGAUUUCCAGGCAGAACUAGAUGCCCCUUUCCUCCAAGCCACCCUGAGAAGCCAGACAGAGGUGGAGACCUCAAUCCAGUUUGACACCAUCCUGAGGUUUUCCAGCAGCCCAGUGCUCAUGUGCCUGCAGCUGAGAGAGGAGCAGGUCCCGUACAGGGAAAUCUUCACGGUUUCCAAGUCUGCCGGGAGCCAGAGCAGCACCACUCGGAAAAGCAGGCAAGGCACCAUGCCCGGGCGGGAGUUUGCCCUGCACCAGGCCAACUCCAAGGUCUGCAACCUCCUGCUGACAGCAAAAGAAGAAUAACGGAAUCGGAGCACUUUGGAUGACUGCCUGCCACGCACCCCAGUUCUCUGCAAACCCAACCUGAACUGUCAAGGGCUCUGCCCAACUCCUCCACAACCACCUUUUAAUAAGAAAAAUGCUGCAAUAAGGGCAUCAGAAGAGACCACAAAAGGAACUGCUGCAGGACAGCCAGAGGCACCCCUUGCCUGGGGCAGGAGGAGCCAAGCCUGCCUUCCCCACCCUAAAGGCUGAGAUUUCCCCAGCCUGAACUUUUUCCUUUCAUGGGGAAGGGCUUGCUGGAAGCCAAACUGCUCCUUGUGAAAAACAGCCUUCUUUUGCAAAUGAAUGAGCUUCUGAAAGCCCAAGAAACCCUUCUGGAAGCCUAUACCCAAAAAAGCUGUGUUUUCUCCCCAUUUAUCAAAGCAGUCAAGAGGGAGCACAUCUGCAGCCAGCAGAGAGGAGAUUCCCCGUGAAGGGAGUGAAUGACCCUCCUUUAAUGCACAGUUUUGUGGCUGCCAAGAGUCCAAGAACAUGCAAAAUUUUAUUUCUGGAGGAGGUGUGGGGUUAUUAAUUAUUUUUUUUUAAAUGCAACCACAGAGACAUCCACUCCAGAAUAAUCCUCAGGGAUAGGCCAGAGAUGCAAGACAAAAUGCUGCAUAACCUGUUGCCAAUUAUUGUCCCUUCUUUCUGGAUUAAGUGAAGGUGUUUGAAUUUAUUCACAUACGAAGGCAACUCAGCUCCCUUACAGCUCCCGGCCAUCCCCUUACUUCUGGGGGGAAUUUUGACUCUGCUGUCAGGGAUGCGGUUGGUGCCACAGCAGGCAGCAAGGGUGAGGUCAGGGAGCAGGGGAAACAGCUUGAAUUUCAGUGGGGGUCAGAUUCACACUUGGAGCAAAAAAAGGAGCAAGCCGAGCAACGCAACCCACAGAGCUUUCCUAAGAAAGUUCCUAAGAGCUGGGGAAAUGAAGGCAAAGUUCAAACAGAGCAGGAGAGAGUUCAAGACACCCUUCUAAAGAACAUGGACUAGUAGUCUCAAUCCUCAUCUUGAAACAGGGAGAAUUGUCUUGAGCUGAAAAAUGUGAAAAAAUAUAUAAUGCUGGAGACCCACCAGCUACUGGGGGAGGCUGGAAAGAGAUCGGGUACUCGAGCAGGGGCUGGCUGAACAAAAAAGGAAAGAGACCUUGGUGUCUCCAAGGUGUUAAAGCAUCUCACCACAGGGCUGCAUAUCCCCCUCGUGACGCUGAUCCUCAGCAACUGCCUCCUGCUUUAGUGUCUACACUUGACUUUCCCCACGUUUUUCCCCUCUAAGACAGGCAGGGCUGCAAGAAUCAGCCAAGGUCAUAAAAACACUUUGUAAUUAAAACCCACAAGAGCACAAGCAUUUUACUGUUUACAAAGAGUGGACUAAAAAGGUGUUUUGAGAUUAUCGGGACUCCCAGCAUGGGGCAAUGACACAAAGAAGAGAAAUUACUGCGCUAACAGGGUGGGGGGGGGGCAUGCAGAGCUGGAUCUGAAGUCAGUAAUGUUCAGCUGGGGAACCAGAUGCUUUCAAACCACGGGCACAAGCCGCCAAGGUGUUUGAGAAGUUCUCCAUCCUUUAUUUGUUUGGUUUUUUUUAAUUAAUUAUUGGUGAUUUAGUCCAUCCUAUAGGUCAAAUUCAGAUGCUGGUCGCCAUGGAGGGCAGGAGCUCACGUUUGACUGACGUGGUCCUUUCUGGAUUUGAGAAUCUAUUACAGAGAGCUUGGACAAAUAUUACAAAGCUGUUACUUCAAGUAAUCACCCUUCAGGGUGGACACUCUUCAACCCCAACUGGAAAACUUAAAUAGCAGGAUCACACCUCCAUCCCAUCCUCUUCCUCCUCUUUAUAGAGGUUGGCACAUACUAGAUGUGCCUUUUGCUGGUACAUGCAGAUUCAGAACCCAUCUAUUGAGAGGCAGCUUCUGCCUUGAGCCUCUCAGUCUUCCUUUUUGAUGCAAAGUUCACAUACUAAUGGAGAAGCCUCUGGCCUCUCUUAUCGCCCAAACAGCAGUUCCCCUUCUCUUUUAAUCCAGGCAGCAGAUGAAGAUAAGAUUGCCUCAACCCUACACGUGGGAAGGCAGCGUUCCUUCCAGCAACAGAGAGAUACAGCAGCUUCCCUUUUCUGCUGAUAUUUGGCAACCAUUUGUGAAAAUUACAAUUAGCUUCAAGUAAAUAUUGUUCUUCUGUUUUGCAUUCUCCUCUCCAGUUGGAUUGUUAUCAGCUACAACCACCGAACACCUCUCCAGCACCAGAGGGAGGCUCGCAAGGAAAAAGCAGUAUUUCUUUAUUCCUUCCUGAUAAGAAUGUGCCUUUAAGUAUUUCUUUGUAUUAUAAAAUGUGCUUUUUAGGAAAAAAAAGGGACACUGACCAUUUUUAAAAUUAUAAGCCUGACAAUGUAGCACCGAGUCUCCUGGUUUGGGAGAAGAAAACUUGUCUGGUUUUCCAUGUGGAGACACUGAUUACAAGUGCUUUGGUUACGUACAAAAAUAAAUGCCAUGUAUUUUUAUA